AUGAAAUUCUCCGAUGUUUUUACCCUUUCUGUCGCCGUCGCUACUGCUGCAGCGAGCCCAGUGAAGCGCACCGAUACGGUCGAAAUCACCUUCCACGGUGCAGCCGGGGCUCAGUUUACGCAAGCAUUCCCUACAGACAGCACCGUAAUCUCCAUCACGAAUCCCCUCAGUGUUUCAAAAAUCUCCUCUGACACCCACUCUGUUGACUGUUCCUUCACUGGCGUGAAUGGUAGUAUCACAACCGUUGACGGCGAUGAAUCGAGUGAUGUCGGUCCUCCUCAGACACAGGUCUCUGGGACCUGCGCAAAGGUGUCAUUGGUGACCCGCCGCAGUAACGAUGUUUUGAUCACGUUCAUUGGUGCUGCUGAUGCGCAGUUUACACAAAGUUUCCCUGUCGAUGACAGUGUUCAAACAAUCAGCAACCCUCUGAGCAUUUCCCAUAUCUCGAACAGUGAUUCCGGCGUAGAGUGCAUUUUUAUUGGUGUCAACAACAGCAACACCGUUGUGGAUGGAGCCAGUCAGGUCGAUGUUGGACCACCUCAAACACAGGUUUCUGGACAAUGCUUUGAGUUGCCUACCACGUCCCGCCGCUCGGACCAUAAUGUUGAGGUCACUUUUAUCGGUGCCGGCAGUGCGCAAUUCACGCAAUAUUUCCCAAUUGAUGGGCUGGCUCACAAUAUCGACAAUGUUUUGAGUAUCUCUCACAUUGAAGUGGAUGAUUCGAGUGUUUCCUGUGUGUUUGGUGGUGUUGAUAACUCCGUUACCUCGGUCACAGGACCACAGACCGUUGAUGUUGGUCCUCCUCAGACUCAGAUCCAGGGUGCUUGCUGGGCCAACUGA